AUGUCCUGUUAUGCCCCGAGUUCAUACGGUAUUACCCCAGGUUUUUGUGCAGUUCCACCAUUGCCUGCUAUAUACCCCAGUGCAAUUCGACCAUACCCGCCCUGGCAAACAAAAUCCCGAGCAACGCCGGAUUAUGGUGGCCUAAAUUUAACUUUGAAGUAUCCAACUGAUCGUGGACAUUUUGAAGGUGAAGUAUGCACAUCAUUAAAAAAGAGUAUUUUGUUAUUCGGACAAUGCAAACCAUCAAUCAAAUUUCCUAGGAACCAUGUUAAUAGAUGUUUUUCUACUGGUUAUUACUAUAUAACAACUAAAACAGGUAUCAAAAUUCCACGGCAAUGGUUAUGUUAUUCUUUAAUAUUAGAUAAAGCAUAUUGUGAGUUUUGUUGGCUUUUUGCUAACCGGCAAUAUGAGCAUUUUAAAUAUGAAUGGAUUUCUGGCGUUGACGACUGGCAACAUUUAUCACAACAAAUUUCUAAACAUGAAAAUUCUAUUCAACAUAUAAAUGCAACAGAAAUUAGAAGAUAUUGGGAAAAAAAUAAAACAUUAGAUACAGAUUUAGAGAAACAAAUAUCUGAAGAAGCAGAGUAUUGGAGGAAUGUUCUUCGUCGAGUUAUUCAUGUAAUUUUAACUCUUACAUCUGGUAAUACUGCCCUCCGAGGAAAUGAAGGGAAGAAAGGUAAUCUUCAAGAAAUUGAAGGUAACUUUAUGCGUACUAUUAGAUUACUUGCAAAAUUUGAUCCUUUUGUUCAUAAUUUAUUAAAUGAUUCAAAAAAACAUGUAAAAUACUUAAGUUGGAAAAUUCAAGACGAGCUUAUAGACAUUUUAGCAUCAGAUGUACGUAAUAGUAUAUGUGAUGAGGUUAAAAAGUGUUCUUGGUUUUCAAUUAUACUUGAUUCUACCCAAGAUAUAACUAAAAUUGAUCAAGUGAGCGUGAUUCUUAGGUAUGUCUUUGUUGAAUAUGAAAAUCACACAUUAGAUAUAAGGGAAUCUUUUUUAGGAUUUUUUGCAUUACAAAAUCAUGGUUCAUCUGAUUAUGCUGAACUGUUGCUAAAAAUACUGACUAAGUUUGGUUUAGAUAUAAAAAAAUGUCGUGGUCAGGGUUAUGACGGCGCUUCUGUAAUGAGUGGUGCCCAUUUUGGAGUACAAAAACGAAUUAUUAAUAUUGUGCCUACAGCUCUUUACGUCCAUUGUUGUGCACAUAAUUUAAACCUAGUAAUUUCUGAUGCUGCUAAAACUUCACAAAAGAUUGUUUCAUUUUUUAGUAUAGUGCAAGAUGUUUUUAAUUUCUAUGGGUCUAGUGCACCAAGGUGGGCAUUAUUAGCUCUUGGUGAUGAACAAGCAUGUAAAGUUUCUAAGAAAACAUUAAAAAAAGUAUGCCCAACAAGAUGGGAAGCAAGGCAUGAUGCAGUAUUCAGUUUACAAGAGAGGUUCAUAGAUGUUAUUAAGUGCUUAACUAAAAUAUCAUUAACUACCAAGAAAACAGAUGAAAGAAACUCAAGUUUAACUUUAAAAAAAAAAAUCUUAAAUGUUGUAUCAAAAUUAUUACAAGGAGUUAAUUAUUCCAUUGAGAUGGCUUCUACACUUAUGAAUCAAUCAAUUAGUCAAAUCAAUGAAUUAAGGAACAAUUAUGAUGGGAUAUUAAGUAAAUCAAAAGAAUUAUGUGCUAAAUGGAACAUAACAGUGCCAUUCCAUUUAGUACGUAAACAAUUUGCAAAUAAAAGGUUUGAUGAUUUUGAUGGUGACUUUCGACUUGAUAUUAAUGAAGAAAAUUUUAAAAUAAAAUUACAUAUUACAAAAAUUGAUAAAACUAUUGUAUCGGAACUUAAGACCAUACAGAAUUUGGCUUUUUAUAUAAUUGAUAUGGAUUUAUCAACAAGUUUUCCUGAUGUUUUAGCUGCAUGUCUUAUAUUUUUAACCAUCCCUGUUACGGUCAAGAACGGCUAUGUGGAAUUUCUAUACUAA